AUGGAAAAGAAUUGGAAGCGCGUCGUGUCGAUGGGCGGAAGGUCAUCGGAUCGAGAUGAGUCUUCAAGGAAGCUGGAUGAAGUAAUCGUGAAGAAUGGUUUCAAGGCCGGCAAUGGCAAGGCAAAAGUUCUUCUCCUGGUUGUUGACGAUCGUCUGCAUGCAUCAAUCGACAGGACCGAUAUCAAGAUGAUCGAGAAGCAUCUCAAUGCAGAGCUUGAACUGUCCAAUCUCCGGGAAGUGCAUCACGUUCUUGGGAUUGAAGUAGGGCGUCACGGCGGCGUGUUCAAGAUCAGCUUGGGCAACUACUAUAUCAACAGACUGCUAAAGUCACACGGUAUGGAAGAAGGAAAUCCUGCAAAAUUGCCCAAGUACCUCGGAUACUUCAAACAGGCCGUAUUUGGGAAACCGUUUGACGAUCCGACGAUCUAUCGCAGUGUUGUCGGUGCGUUACUCUACAUGGCCGUCGUAACGAGAUCGGAUAUUGCUGCUUCUGCUGCGAUUUCGAGAAGGAGGUUUAGCGCACCAAGUGAUGCAGAAUGGAUGGCUGCGAAGGGUGUUAUGCGGUUCCUGAAGAAGACUAGAAACUACUACCUGCAGUGA